AUGGAAUUUAGUCUUUAUCACGCUGUACCAUAUCGUCGUGUAGGAGAGAAUAUCUCCCCACCAGCCCAGGCUGCCCUUCUCGACGAAAUGGACCGAGCGGCAGCCAUUCUUCAAAGGGAUCAGAAUACAAUGCACCGAGAGUUCGUGGUCCAAUUUUUCCUAGAGAGAGGAGCAGGUCCGAAUGAACUGGACGGGAAUCAAACAAUUUCUCUUUACACUUUUACCUCCAUGCACAUGGUAGCAGCCAAGUCCGAUGCGGCCUUCUCCAAGCAAGCCAAACAGUGGUUUGAGGUUACAAAAUUAAUAAUACUCCUGCAUGCUGCGAGUACUGAUGCCAUUUGCCUUAUCUCCAUUAAAUCUGGAAAGGUUGAAGAACGGGUGAAUCUUCGAAAAAUUACUUCACCAAAUCGGUGGUACUCAACAUGGACAAACUUUCGUUAUAAAUUUGGGCUGAACAAAAACAUGGAAGGGCAAAAAGAGAAGCCGAACGCGGGGGUCGAACCCGCAACCUUGAGAUUAAGAGUCUCACGCUCUACCGAUUGA